AUGGUGGUGAUUGUUAUGUCUUUCCUGCUCGUCAUUAGUGGUUCUAUUACAACAUUAACAUUCACGUUGAUGAUGGAAUGUUCAAAAAGAGCACCAUCCAAUGUUCAAGCCACUCAUUAUACGACUCUGGCCACUUGUGAAGUGAUUGGUAAACUGUGUUUUUCUGUUAUAACCGGAGCUUUAACGGACUAUCUUGGUUAUGAAAUUAUUUAUUUCGUAUUUUUAAUGUUAGCAGUAUGUGUUAUGCCGAUGUUGUGGACAUAUCGUUCUUAUACAAUUACAUCUGAAACUAGCCAUAAUGAUUGA